GAUCUUUCUGUAUAUUCAUUGUUGAUUUCGACCUACACUCAUUCACAUCGUUUGGCUUCCAAACUGAGAAAGUAAAAUAAGUAACAAAAAGCACAGUACAUAGUUUCAAUAAGUUCGAAAAAGAGAAGACAGACGACGAAAAAAAAAAAACAAACAAACAAUAACUACAAUAACAAUGGCCAAAAAAAAGGAUGCUUUGCUUAAACUGGAUCCCGAGCAUGAGUUGAUUUUCGAAGGACCGUUCAAUCGGACCAUUUCGAAACAUUUGGUUAUAAAAAAUCCGAGCAAAAGUAUCCGUGUUGCCUUCAAAAUGAAGACAACAUCUCCUCGCUUGUUCUUUGUGCGUCCCAAUAUUGGCAUUCUGGAUCCCAAACAGCAGGUCUCUGUGGAAAUCUAUGUGCAGCCAGUUCAUCUACGUCCCGACAUGCAACAAAAGCGCCACAAAUUUCUGAUUAUGGCAGCCGAGGCGUUGCCCGAUGUAGAAAUGUCCAAUUUACAGGACUUUUGGAAGAUGCAGAAACCUGACGAUAUAUGGGAUACCAAACUCAAGUGUUUCAUGUUGGCCAACAAGGAUGAAAGAGUGCGUGAAGCCGGCGGUGGAUCUGAACCUCUAUCGCUGCCCCAAAUAAAAUCUAUGCCAGAACCUGCUUCUGCUGUCGGUCAAAACGGCCAAGACGAUAAACAAGAAACUGGUGGUGCUGCUGCGCUGAUGGAUGACGGAUCUCUGCAGGAGAAGUGUCAACAACUUGGCGCAAAGGCCACAUUGAACCAUUUGAACACAAUUACGCCAGUUUCUGUUUCCGCCGAUUCGUCGUUGAAAGGUCGUCAAUUUUUCUAUGCAAUGGCCUUCAUGAUAGCCCUAUUGGCUGCUAUUGUUGUCGCCUUUGCCGCUGGCCAGCUCCAUAUUUAGAGAGCAAAUCAUCAAAUGUUAGUUUUUUCUUUCGUUACAUAAAACACAUUUUGUAUUUCAAUGUAUUCAAACCAUUUAGCUAAACAUCCACACUCCAUCACAUCAAAAACCCAACAAUGAAAAAUUAUUUUUGUGUAUUUAAAAAUUCAAAUAUAACCUCAAAAUUUUACCAAGUUGUAUGUAAAAAAGAAA